ACAUCAGGAUCUUAACGAAAUAUCCUUACGAACACUGACUUAAAAUAUGCUUACAUAGCUUUAGACGGUGUUUUACAAACCCUGACUUAAAAUAUAAUUUAACACUAAUAAAAUUCACGUAUUUUGAUAUGAACCCCGACUUAAAAUAUGCUUACAUAGCUUUAGACGGUGUUUACUAACCCCUUACUUAAAAUAUAACUAAAGGGAUCAAUCCGUGUGCUUCUUCUAGAUUUAUUGCUGAUCAUUGAUUAAAAAUAGAUCCAAUGGCCAACAUCAACCUCCUGCUCAAACAAACACACAUCCCCUUAUACAUUUUCCUUCCUAAAACACAAACCCAUUUCAACCUUCACCUUCCUUCAUUAAACUCCAACAGGUGUGAGUAUGAUCGUGCUCCAAGGUUUGAGGCAUCUUCGUCACCGUCAUCAGCGAGCAUCUUCGUCACCGUCAUCAUCGCUGAAGCUUCAGCCGCCAACCGCCACCAUCGACCUCCGGCACUACACCGUACCGCCACCGUCAAGCUCCACCGGACCACCACUGCCACCGUCAAGCUCCGGCGAGUUAAUCGUGUUUUGUUGAAUUUGUAGAAAUCAUGUAAACAGAUUUUAAUGAAAAUUAUUCACGUUUUGUUGGAUUAUUGACUUCAACUUGGUUAAUAACAAAAUAUCAUGCGAAUUCAACUUGUAGUGAUGUUUUGAUAUGAGAUUUGAAUGAAAGUUAGGUAAUCUUCAAAUUA